AUGGCUUUAGAACCACUCUCACUAUCCAAAGUGGCCAAGUCCCUGGAAACUAGCUCGAGCUAUGAAUUUCAGGUGAUAUUGAAAACUCUCACUUCGGCCAGAUAUGUCGACGAUAAGCUUCUCAAGUCAGAUUUGGCAGUUCUGGUUGCCAAAAUAUUGAAAUUGCUCCGCUCUAGUGAUGACUAUUUUGUUUGGAAGGGCUGUAAACUGUCAGACGUUUUGUGUGCUUACAAUGCAGUGGUACUCUGCUCUCAAGCCGGCCCUCUUCUUACAGCUCUUUUCGGCAAACUAGAGCCGAAAGCAGGCUUCUACCGCACUACUGUAUCCAGUCUUCAGGGCAAAACGGUUCUUUUUUCUCUAGUCAAAUCAGUGGAUAUUCUUCUCGACUUGAUUCGUGGGAAGCCAGCACUAACUCGUGAAGUUUUGACGCCUAGACUUCCAGCUAUCAUAGGCGUUUUGAUCAAUCUGUCUCAGUUCGAGCCGGCUUUGUGCUGCCCCGUUUUGAAGAAACUUCUCGUCAAAAACACCACCACGUUCCGUCCUCACAUCGGCAAAUAUAACAACGUCCUUGUUACUUUAAUUGUGAAGGACUACAAUCAUUUCGACAAGCGCACAAAAAGGCUGAUUCUCGAGAACUUUGCGCUGUUGAACUUGAUCAAACAGAAUACUGGUGUCAAAGAUGAGACUAUGCGUCACCACAAGGCGUUCCAGGAUGAACAGUGGAGACAGGGCAUGAUGAACGUCCUGUACAGUUUCAAGCCUGUCAUAAACCUGUGCGGCGAAAUACUCGAUUUCUCUGCUGACGAGGACAUGAAAACUCUCAUGAAUAAGCUGCCUUCCAGCAAAUCGGAAGAAAUGAAAGAAUUCUUACCACCAGUGAACGUGGAUUUGAACAAACCAAGCUCGCUCUGGGCAAUCGCCGAAAGACUUGACCUUUUGUGCGACCUUGUUGUUGCCUUCGUCACCCAACACACUCCAUUCCGCAUGAGAGUUCCUCUGGGCGGCGUCGUUGUCAUCGCAGAGGCUAUUCUAAGUUUGACCACUAACUAUCUGCCGUUGCAACGCUUGUUGCGUCGUGAUGCUGAACUUACAUCCACAAUUAGUGCUAUGCUUCCCACUCUACAGGCCAGCGGCGUUUCACUACUUGGUAGUAUGUCUCAGAUGUAUGGCAAGUCCUUACUUCCCUAUACACCAUCCGUCCUGGCCUCGUUGGAGUUCUUCAUACCAAUGAAGCAAGGAACCACGUCAAUUGACUUUGACAAAGUAGAUUCAUUGAAAGAUCAAUUCUUCGGCUUAUUCGCUAUUGUGGACAUUUUCCUAAGUCAUACAGGACAUUUAUUCAAUGAGACUACUUUAUUCACCAAACUUAUAGACAUUGCAUUGCAUAUGACAAGAGAUGCGGUACCCUUGAAGCAUCUCUACCAGAAACAGAACGCGACGUCAAAGGCUUCUUCACAAAAGUCCAAGAAAGCCGGUAAACAAAACACUGGAUCAAUGUCAGACGUAUAUUCACACCCACAUGCGUUCAUUGGCAAGUGCUCGCUGAGAAAGUAUGAUUCAUUGAACUGCUUUUUGACGAGAAUAGUUGUGAACCUGAAGCUUCAAUCCGCGCAUCAAAUUAAAAUAACGAACUAUGCAAUCACGACGACUUUGAGAGUUCAAAAAGAGGUCGGCUUUCUGCCGGAAUCGUUUGUUCACCUACUUCGCGCUCUGGUUAUGCACCCUGGUUAUGAAAAGAUUUCAAUUCUUCCUAUAGCAGUUACUCUGCUUAAGGGUCAAGGUGACGAAGUUUUCGAGGUCUUCUGCAACCCACGGUUGCCAGUUGCUCCAGUCCAGUCAGUUUUGAGACAAGAAGAACCAGAACUAUCUCUCGAAAACAAUGAAGAGAACAUGGUUUUGGAGGGUACUUUUGGCGAAAAUGGUGAGGUGGGGCAUAAGAUUUCCCAUGCAACUAUUGAGGGGGAGACUAAGAGCUCAGAAAACUUGGAGUCGCCAUCCAUUUCUUUGCCCACCAAUUUUGAACAGGUGUCUAAAGAAGAACCUGAGAAGCUUAUGCGCAAAAGAGUCGUGGAUGAUCAUGAUCAGAUUGCCAUUUUCGAGACCAAAAUUCGUAAAACAGUGGAAACGACCAAAACUGAGACGCCUGAAACCCGAUAUAUUCCAGUGGAGAUUAUUGAAGAGAAGCAAUCAACCGUUGAAGUUCACGAGAGCGAAAAGGACGAUGACUCUGACUUCGAAAUACCGGAAAUUCAUCUCAGCGACGACGACGAAGAGUAA